AUGAUCUUAAAACAAAUUUCCGUCUUUCUCGUCGCGACGUUGGCUGCGCUGUCUAUUGCAGAUGUUCACUCCCUUUUACGCAUCCCUCUAGUUGCCAAGAAGAAGCAACGCAGUACUCAGAACCUGCUACAGUAUCACACGCAAUCAAGCGAUGACAAUACCAUUGCAGUGGAAGUAAAAAGCGUUCUAAGCAGCCUUAGCACUUUCCAAGACUAUAAAAACGACAGUAAGAACCUGCGUGUGCAGGACGUCCUACAUAAUGUGCAGGAUCUACAGUCUCAGGGGCAUGUACCAUUGGAAAAUUUCAUGGAGUUUCAAUUUUAUGGUCCUAUUGCCAUUGGAACACCUCCACAGGAAGUUCUCGUGUGUUUUGACACUGGAUCUAGUGACUUGUGGGUCCCUGGGAAUAAAUGCAAAGAUUGUGCAGGUCAAGACAGGUUCAAUCACUCGGAAUCCAGCACUUUUUAUGAAUCCAAGACACAUUCUGCCUUUGCUGUCCAAUAUGGUAGUGGCAAAGUAAGCGGGCAUUUUGGGAAUGAUGUGGUCCACAUUGCCCAAUUUGAUGUACAAGACGCAAAUGUUGGGAUUGUCCGGAUCGAGGAAGAGUCCAUGGCUAGAAUGAAAGCAGAUGGACUAUUGGGUCUGGGUUUUGAUGGUCUAUCGACAUUCUCCCAUCCACCGCUCUUUUUUGCUCUAUUGGAACAAUAUCCAGAGAUGGAUGCAGUCUUUGCUUUCUAUUUGAGUCCAGACCCAAAUACGAACGGGUCGGAAUUACAUUUGGGAGGACACGACAAAGAAUUUAUGACGUCACUGCAAGCCUCAUGGCAAAUGACAGAUGUGCUACCUCAGUUUGGACAAUGGACGUUCUGGAGGAUCCAUCUUCAUAGUGUCAAUGUAGGAAAGCAUAGGAAUGCAUGUACAGAGGGAUGUGUGGCUUUUGUGGACUCUGGCACGUCACUCAUUGGUAUCCCAGGAACACUGUACUUGAAUUUUUUGUAUGAAGUAGCGACGUUCGCACAGAAUCAGGGAUGUUACUGUGGAUUUGUGCAGUACGGCUUUCAGUGCUUUCUGUGUGCACCGGAGGACUUCCCGCCGUUGCGGUUUGGCGUAGGAGGACAGCAUUAUUACGUACUGGAAGGGCCUGAUUACACACUUUGCGUUGGAUUGACGUGCAUUGUGCUGGUACAGCCGAGUGGACAGGAAAUGUGGGUGCUAGGUGACGUGUUUAUGAAGAAAUUCUACUCACUUUAUGACGUCGAGAAGAAAAGAAUGGGCUUUGCGUGUCCGGCCGACUCGAUAUUGUGCGGUGUGGACACUCAAGAUGGUACUGUGAGCAACAAUGGCAACGAUCUGCCGCUAUCGCAGCCGUCAUCACCGUUCUUCGAAAACAGCUUCAACAUGUACGACAUGGACACUCACGCCGUAUUGGUGCUGUUCUUGUCGGGUCUGUCACUUGUUGGCUCGGUCUUCAUUGUGUCCUCUUUUGUGCAGUACCCGAUUUUGAGCAGCUUCCGCUCGUUCUCGCUAUUCUUCUGGCUUUCGGUGUGCACGUUGGGCUACAACUUGACUUUGUGGAUUGCAGGAGUGUGGCGGGCCCACCAGAUGCAUGUAUUAUUCUGUGCUUUGCUCAAAAGCAUGCAGCAGUUUUUUGGUACCGCUAUUUUGUUGUUCAGCGCUGCAGUUGGUUUGGAGCUGAUUCGAGCAAUACGCUGGACUCACUCCAGUACCGUGGAGUACAAACUGGUGUACCAUGUUGUCAUCUGGUGCUCUGCUGCGUUCACGGGAGCAUUCUCAUUGUUCACGGGACUAAUUGGUUUUCUGCCGGAUGGAGCUGGCCCAUGCCGAGCAUGCUUCGUGGGCCAUAGCCCCGGCUGGGCUCGCGCCUUCCUGUUUUACUUGCCAGCGGCACUUACAAUUACGCUUGCUGGACUGGCAGUGUAUCUUUCGACCACCAGAUCUACUGGGCAAUCACUCCCUCACCAAGCAGAACGUGCACGUCGUAGUAGCGGGCAAUUGCUAUCCAGCUGCGUCGCUACCAUUGCUGCACUCUUUCUUCCGACUCUAUUUGGCUGGCUGCAAGCGUUCGGUGUAGACUGGGUCAGGUCGAGCUUUUUUCUGUAUCUUUCAGAGCUAUGCUUUUACUCGCAAGGUCUAUUAAACGCGCUUGCUUGGGCGUUCAACCCGUCGUAUCGUGUCGCACGAUACCGCGGCAACAACACCACUGGAGACGAGGGUGUGCGUCUCAUGGCGCCAAAUUAA